AUGUUUAGAACGGAUAAGGAUCUCAAGCUGGGAUCGAGACGUCAGGGUCGCUCGUCUCGAGGGAGCGAGGGCAGAGAUGAGGUUCUCGAAAAGGCGAGGCGAGAGCGCGCUCAGCGCGAGAAAGCGAGAGCCUCGCGCGGCCAGGCGGUAUCCAUUCAGAGCUGGUUCCGCGGGCAAUCAGCGGCGGGGGCAGCCCGUGGUUCGGAGCGGGCGGACUGGGACAGGAAGAUGUCCGACUUCGGAAAGCUCCAGCAGACGCUUGUCGCUCGGGGUAUUCCGUUCAUGCCUCCGGUGAAGUUCGUCCUGAUGGCCCUUCAGCAGCUCCUUUUCUUUUAUCGGAGAGAACAGGAUUCCGCCCGACUCUGCCUUUUCUGCGAGUCAGUGCUGACCCUCUGCGUCUUGCAGGCAGACUCGUCCUUGAAUCCGGCUGCGCACCUCGCCGGCAUCGUCGCCGAGCCCGCUAGCGCGGCGGGGAGAGGGACAACGGCAACGUCUGCGGACCCGGCUCUCAGGCUCCGCCUCCGGAGGCUGCUCGCUGCAUGCCUGGACCACACCGAGAGGGAGCUGAACAAGGGCGUGAGCGACGGCAAUAGCCCUCUCAAGGUCCUGCUCAUGCUGACGGGGAGCAGGGGCCACGUGGCGUGCCCCAGCGGUAUGCCCGAGCCGGCGAUGACUCCCCCAGCUGUCGAGGCCAGGGCGGCGGUUUCGCGGUGCUGCUUGGAGCUUCUGGUGUUCGAGCUGGGUCUAUUUUCCGCCCUGAGGAACGUACUCAUCGGGGGCCCUACUGAGCGAAAGGCGAUCGCUUCAGCCGGCACAACGACACAAUUGAAGCCGGCCCCCGGGCGACAGGGAGCGAUUGUUGGGUCCUGGGAGCUGGCGUUGACGGCACUCGACGCGGUUGGAAGCCUUUCCCCUGCCGCCACCGUCGCCCUCGCCGCUGCACCUCUCUCCCGAUCACCACCGCCGCCGUCAGCUGCCGCCGCCGCGGUCCCGCUCCGCGCGUCGUUCGUGGCGGAGAUCCUGUCGGUGCCGCUCCUGCCGUCCAGGCUAGGCGUCGACGGUGUCAACCUCUUGCUCAAGGAGCGGGCGGAGGCGUUCUUCGACUGCCUCAGAGAUUUCCGAGUGGAGAUGGUGGCCGCCGCCGCCUACGCCGCCGCCGACGGCGAGGGCGGGGGAAAAGGCAGAGCGAAAGGUGCCGCCGCUGGUGCAUCCGAUCCUGGUGCCGAGGAGGGGAAGAGGAGGAGUCGGGGUGGCGCCGGCGGCGCCGGCCACUGGGGGGCGUUUCAUCUCCCCCCCCCGCCCGUGUCUUGCUGCUCGACGGAGGCGUUUCUCCUCGGCAACGUCGUGGCGAUGGGAACAAAGAUCUCGGUGGAAGGCGGCGGCGGGGGUGGGGGAGGGGGCGGAAUCGAUGCCGGCGGACCGAUGACGGCCUCGGCAGCGCGACGAGGGCAGCGGGAGUUCAUGCGGGCGGUGACCAGCUUGCUGGAGCUUCGGGCGAUACCCGAGAGUCUGCUCACCGACAGACAGGCCAUCACCUGGCAGAGCCAGGACGGGGCGUCUGGGGGCGGCAGCGGCGGGACUUCGAUGACAGCGCUUGCCGUGCCACAGGCGGUGCAGGACCAGGUGCGGCUGCUGGUGUCCGACCGCUGGGUGAGGUCGGCGAGCAUGCUGGCCCUGGACGGGGUAAACGAGAAAUCGCUCCAGAGGUGCACAGAGGCCGAGCGCCUCGAGAACAAGGAGGUCCUCGAGUCUAACGCCGCGAACCUGGCCGUGGCCAGUGUCCAAAGUCAUAGGGCAGAGGCAAACCGAGGGUUCGUCUCCAAGUGGGCCGAGAAACUCCUCAAGACUAGCAAGAAGUGGUUCAGCUCCCCCGAUCAGCCGCAACAACCGUCUUCUUCCGCCAUGAGCAACGCCGCGGCCGCCGCCGCCGCGGCUGCUCCCACCCUCCCUCCUGACGGCUCCAGCAGCGGCCUCAUCAACGCCAGCGCUGCCUCUCGGGCAGCGGCAAUGGGGCAGGGGCAGCAGCAGUCGAAGAGCGGCGGCCCCGCGGGAGGAGGAGGAGGUGGGGGGGGGGGAGGGGCAGCAGGUUCGGGGACCACCGUGGGCGGCGGCGGUGGUGGAAGAGGGCGGGGAGGCGUUGUCGACCCCGCUGACAGGCCUCACGCUUACGAUGCGGAUAGCGUCUUGGCGCUGUCGGAGCUGCUGGGGGUGCUCCUUCGACGAUGGGGGACGGGCGCGAACGCUUCGAACCAAGUCAUGCAGGCGUUUCUCCUCGGCAACGUCGUGGCGAUGGGAACAAAGAUCUCGGUGGAAGGCGGCGGCGGGGGUGGGGGAGGGGGCGGAAUCGAUGCCGGCGGACCGAUGACGGCCUCGGCAGCGCGACGAGGGCAGCGGGAGUUCAUGCGGGCGGUGACCAGCUUGCUGGAGCUUGGGGCCAAGACCCCCAACUCUUGUCAACCAAGCGCCUUUCCCCCCUUCGCGAUCGUGUCGGCAGGGCUUCACUCCACCGUUGCCGUGAUGUGCUGCCUCUUCAGCCACCUUCUGGUAGUCCUCGACGAUGCCGAGCUCUACGAGAAGGGGCAGCCCCUACCGCUCCACCACGUGCGGACUCUCGUCAAGGGCCUCAAACGCCCCCUCUUCGCGUUCUGCUGGGAGCAGGAACAAAAGGAGAGCUCGGUGCACCACUCCACCGGCCACUUCGGCACGUUUUUCGCUGCGGCGGCAGAGAGGCUCCUUAGGGGGCUGUAUGUCAGGAGCUCCAGAAGAGCCUUGUGUCCGUCGGAAGCUUGGGUCGUCCCUCAGUUUCUGUGGGUCCUUAAUCGGGGCCGCUGUUGGUGGGAGCCCUUUCGGGAGAAGCGGAGUGUCGCCAGAGACCUGGGAGCCGCGUUCAUUCGAGGCGCCUGUCGACGAGAAGCCGGUGUCCAAUACAAGCAGAGGCUCCUCUGA